ACAGAACCAUUUUUCUAUUAACAUACAACUCGUGAACAUUGAAAAGUUAAAAUGUGGCGCUUGCUCGUAUUGUUGGUUCUAUUAGGGACAUCGCAUGCCGCAGAGCCUUCCUGCCCCGUGUGUUCCAAGUAUGCGUACGAAGUAAGCCUUCUCGAACGAGUGCUUAGCAAUGAACUGGCACUGAAACACACCCUGGACAAAAUAAGUGAAACACAUGCGAAAGUUGAGGACACUUUAAAAGCGAUACAAGGGGAGAAUGUGAAGCUAAACGACGCAAUGACUGCACUGGAAGUUAAGAAGAAGGAGAUGGACGAAAGGCUUAAGAGUUCCAUCAACUCGGGGAUCACAAAUGUAUCUGAAACUAUUUCCGAAAUGAAAACAAAUGUGCAGGUUCUCGUAGCAAAGACGGAGAAGGAACUCAACGCAAUGAAAGAACAAAAUGUCGUGCCACUGGUGAUUUUCCACGCUCGACUUCAUACUGAUGGUAAUAAACACCCUCUCACUGGCAACCAGGUUAUUGCGUUCAAGACCGUUCUGGUCAACGAAGGUCGAGGAUAUGACCCUGCCACUGGAAACUUCACGGCGUCUGUAGCUGGAGUGUACAUGUUCACGGUGCAGUACUGUCCUUUUGCAGCUUCGAGUGUUUCCCUUGAGAUUACACAUGAAGGGAAACCGUUGCAGAGAUCAUAUCACUACGAAAAUUAUGCGGAUGUCUGUGUCAGCAUGCAGGCCUUCGCUAAAGUUGCGAUGGGGGAAAAGGUCUGGGUGCGGUCUAUAUUUUCGUGUGACCUUUACCAAGAGGGGUAUAAGUGGAGCAGCUUUGCUGGGUUCCUGGUGCAUUUAUAA